UGGAAGAGCAGCCAGCACUCUUAACCACUGAGCCAUCUCUCUAGCCCCCAUUGUUGGAGUUAAAGUACACUACACGUACAUACAUGCAUAUGCACACACACAUUUACAGAAAAUGGAAGUGGAUGUGAUGACCUUUUCUGUGUUUCUGCAGGCAGCGAUGAGCAACUGGGGAAGGUGGUGUACAACGCUUUGGAGACAGCCACAGGCAGCUUUGUCUUGUUGUACGAGUGGGUCCUUCAGUGGCAGAAAAAGAUGGGCCCAUUCCUCACCAGUCAAGAAAGAGAGAAGGUCGAGAAGUGCAAAAAGCAAAUUCAAGGAGCAGAGACAGAAUUCAGCUCCCUGGUGAAACUGAGCCAUCCAAAUAUCGUUCGCUACUUUGCAAUGAACUCCAGAGAGCAGGAGGACUCCAUCGUGGUAGACAUUUUGGCGGAGCACAUCAGUGGGAUCUCUCUUGCUGCACACCUGAGCCACUCGGGCCCAAUUCCUGUGCACCAGCUACGCAAGUACACAGCUCAGCUCCUGGCAGGCCUGGAUUACCUGCACAGCAACUCCGUGGUGCACAAGGUUCUGAGUGCAUCCAGUGUCUUGGUAGAUGCUGAGGGCACUGUAAAGAUAACGGACUACAGCAUCUCUAAGCGUCUGGCAGACAUUUGCAAGGAGGACGUAUUUGAGCAAACUCGAGUUCGAUUUAGUGACAAUGCCCUGCCCUAUAAACCAGGAAAGAAAGGGGAUGUGUGGCGGCUUGGCCUUCUGCUGCUAUCUCUUAGCCAAGGACAAGAGUGUGGGGAAUACCCCGUGACCAUCCCCAGUGACUUACCAGCUGACUUCCAAGAUUUCCUGAAGAAGUGAGUAUUGUUGGUUGUUGUGCAUUUAAGGAGUGGGGAAGCUGAGACCUGAGGAGGGGAGCCAGGGUGAAGUCUUUCCCAGGCUCUUGUGUUCUGUUCCCUCAUCACGGUCUCCCACAUUCUCCUAAACCCACUUGAGUUCAGUAAUUGAUUCACAGACUACUUUCGGAAGACUGCCUGGAACAGUCUAGACUUUCUUCCCCAUUCCUGUCUCUCCCACAGUAGUGAGAGAAUGCCCUGGGUGUCCCAUGUGCUAGAACUUCUUCAUCCACUUUGCUGCCCAAUCCUAAGAGACCAAACCACUGAGAAGUGUGGUUCUGCCCCUUUCUUCCUGACUCUUCCUCUCCAGUGACUCUCUCACUCAGCCAGGUCAGAGGAUCAGAUGACCGCCUGUUUCAGCAAAGGAUUUUCCGUACUUGUGCAUCACAGGUACAUAAUCAUUGCAAAGCCAGCUAAAAAAAUGUG